UCUGGCGCGAGCUGGAGCUGGGCGGCACGCAGCUCAGUGCCCAGGCGCUGGCGCUGCCCGGCCUGGGUGGGCCGCCUCAUCACAUGCGCAAGAUCCUGAUCACGGCGCCGCUGCCGCCGCCGACCAAGGGCCACGAUGAGAUGUCGCCGCCGAACAGCAACGGUCCUUACACGGGGGAGGAGAAGAAGAAGAAAGGUCCGCUGGCCAGACUCAGUGAGGAGCUCUGCCUGGUCUGUGGCGAUAGGGCGUCCGGCUACCAUUACAACGCCCUCACGUGUGAAGGCUGUAAAGGGUUCUUCCGAAGAAGCAUGACGAAGAAAAUAGUGUAUGUGUGUAAAUAUGGUCAGAACUGUGAGAUAGAUAUGUAUAUGCGGAGAAAAUGCCAAGAGUGCCGAUUGAAGAAGUGUCUCGACGUCGGAAUGCGCCCCGAAUGCGUGGUCCCGGAGUCGCAGUGCCAGGAGAAGCGGAAGGCCAAGCAGGGCCAGCGCGGCCGGGCGCGCUCCGGCUCGAUCCCGUCCGAGCCGUCGACGCCGACGCCGCCGGACGCGGCCGACGCCAGGCGCAGCCGUCUCUCGCCAGCCGCGGUGGCGCCGGAGGAGGCGGUGGUGGGCCAGAGCGGCGACGCCGGCGGCGGUGGCUGUGCUCCCCUCACCGUGCUGCCCGUCAGCCGCAAGACGCUGACGGCCGAACAGAACGAGCUGAUCAACCGGCUGGUGCGCUACCAGGAGGAGUACGAGUCGCCCACCGAGGAGGACAUGCGCCGCUCGGCGGCGCAGGUGGACUCAACGGACGCCGACGACUCGGCGCAACACUUCCGCCGCAUUACCGAGAUGACGAUCCUCACGAUAAAGCUGAUUGUCGAGUUCAGCAAGCGGCUGACCGGGUUUGACCGUCUGCUCAAGGUCGACCAGAUCACGGUGCUCAAGGCGUGCUCCAGCGAGGUGAUGAUGAUGCGCUGUGCUCGGCGCUACGACGAGGACACGGAGUCGAUCGUGUUCGCCAACAACUAUCCGUACACGCGCGCCGCCUACGAGCGCGCCGGCCUCGACGCCACCACCAUCGAGAAGAACUUCAAGUUCUGCAAAAAGAUGUCCAAGAUGAAGGUGGACAACGCCGAGUACGCGCUGCUGACGGCCAUCGAUAUAUUUUCCGACCGCCGCAUGCUGCAGGAGCCGGACAAGGUGGAGCGGAUCCAGUCCAUCUACGUGGACGCGCUGCGAGCGUACGUCGACUACCAGCGGCCGCACCCGACCGGCGUCAUCUUCGCCAAGCUGCUGAGCGUGCUGACCGAGGUACGCCAGCUGGGCGAACUCAACAAGGAGCUCUGCUGGUCGCUCAAGCUGCAGCAGAAGCCGCUGCCGCCCUUCCUGCACGAGAUCUGGGACGUGCCGGCGUAGCACGGGCGGAGGGACGGCCGGGAGCGGGCGCCGCGUGUGACAGAGACACAGUGGCGGCAGCGCGGUGCCGGCGGCGGCGCCCGUAAUGGACGAGACGUCGGUCGACCGACGCGCCUGUGGUGGCCGAGACGGGAAGCAGCAUGCACAUCUCAAGCGGUGUACAAACGGGAAUUGCGUGACGACUUUGCGGACAGGCUGUCGAAAUCUCGCCAGUGGCUCGUCAGUUCUGAUUAUUUGAAAUCCACUGGGCUUGUCUUCCAUCCGCACUCAUUUGCCGUGUUGCCGGUUUCGUAUGUUUGUCUGUGCAAUCUCGCGGCAGGAUUGUGUUCCAUUGCGUUGUCGAUGUGCUAAAUGAACUUUAUAGGGGCGACACACUCAUGCGACUCACCUCCUGGUCAGCCUUUAGCCGUUAGGCCGGCGGUAGAACAGUGGUAACCGAGCCCGGGUCGGGGUCGGCGACCCCAGUGGAGGGUGGACAUUCCGAACGGCCGCGUGUGUCUCAGAGUCGUUGUUAACCGGUUCCGGUCAAGGCUCGUUAGGUUGUGACAAUAUUUACAGAGUUAUGACGCGAAUUAUAAAUACCACUGCAUGCGAUUGCAAGACAAAGUGGAACGCCAGAGCCACGGUCUGGAUAGAUCACGAUUGCUCAAAACCGGCUAGCGUUUGUGGCAUUAGGUUCGACGGGGGAGGGGAACAGGGGGAUUGCUCUGUUAUCGAGUGCGUGGCCUUGGCUGGCGGCUGUGCCGUUGGCCGGUGACCCGUGUGACACGGGGCGGGCGUCUGGCCGUUCGCCGCCCUGUUCGUGUUCAAAGUACAAACGUGUGCGUCCGGCUAUGCGCCGCCGGCCGGCCGGCCCU